AUGGCAGAAUCCGCUCCCAAACGGCUCAAGACGGGCUCGGGCCCCCUCAUCGGCACCCACAACGGCCACUUCCACGCCGACGAGGCGCUCGCCGUCCACAUGCUGCGCAUGCUGCCGACCUACCGCGACUCGCCCCUCGUCCGGACCCGUGACCCCAAGGUGCUCGAGACGUGCCACACCGUCGUCGACGUCGGCGGCGAGUACGACGCGGCCCGGAACCGCUUCGACCACCACCAGCGCGGCUUCGCCACCACCUUCCCCGGCCACGCGACAAAGCUCUCGAGCGCCGGCCUCGUCUUCCUCCACUUCGGCCGCGCCAUCGUCGCCCAGCGCGUCGGCGGCGGCGUCGCCGAGGACGCGGCCGAGGUCGAGCUCCUCCACGGCAAGCUGUACGAGAGCUUCGUCGAGGCCCUCGACGCCCACGACAACGGCGUCUCCCUCUACGACCCGGCCGCCGUCGCCGCCGCGGGGCUCGAGAAGCGCUUCAGCCAGGCCGGCUUCACCCUCGGCGCCGUCGUCGGCCGCCUCAACGCGAACUGGAACGACGCGGCGCCCGCCGACGCGGCCGAGGCCCAGCGGGUCGAGGACGAGCGGUUCGAGCGCGCGAGCCUGCGCAUCGGCGAGGAGUUUGAGCGCGACCUCGACUACUUCGCCGCCGCCUGGCUGCCGGCCCGCGCCAUCGUCCGGGAGGCCUUUGCGAAGCGCCGCGAUCACGACGCCGACGGCCGCCUCCUCGUCCUCGAGGGCCAGUCGGUCCCCUGGAAGGACCACCUCUACACCCUCGAGGACGGCCACGCCGGCGUUCUCUACGUCCUCUACCCCGAGAGCACCAAGGCCGACGCCAAGUGGCGGAUCCAGUGCGUGCCCGAGUCCAAGGAUUCCUUCGUCAGCCGCAAGCCCCUGCCCGAGGCCUGGCGUGGCUUCCGCGACGGCGAGCUCGACGCCAUCGCCGGCCUGUCCGGCUGCGUCUUCGUCCACGCCGCCGGCUUCAUCGGUGGAAACCUGACGUUUGAGGGGGCCAAGGCGAUGGCGGUCAAGGCACUGGCGACGUAG